GUUCGAGUAGCUUCCACCUUUGCCGCAUCCUCCGCGCUUCCGACGAAACCGUGGAGAACGGAACAAUCGGCGGCCAUCCAAUCCAAUCCGCUUGCUUCCUCUCCUCCUCCUCCUCCUCCCUCCUCCUCCUCGUCGCCUCGUCGGCAACCCGCGACACGCGCAGCAGGUGUAGGUUGAGUUAACAACAUUUGAUUAUGGAUCUGCCAUUGAUGGCUGCUAAAGCCUAUCAGUACAAAGCAGAACUGCUUGUUAAGGACUACCUGCUAGCAGAUUCGUAUGUUCCAUACGCCUCUGUGCUUGGCGGAAUUCUGAUGUGCAAGUUGGCGUUUGAUUUCACACGCUUUAUCAGUUCAUUCUACUUCAAAGGUUAUGCUUCUCUCACAAAGAUGCAAAAGAUUGAAUGGAAUAACAGGGGCAUGUCCACCGUCCAUGCAAUAUUCAUUACACUUAUGUCGACAUACUUAGUUUUCUUCUCGGGGUUAUUCUCUGACCAGCAGGAUGGGCCAGUAACAUUUAGAAGUUCAAGCCUCUCCAAUUUCACUCUAGGGGUCUCUGUUGGGUAUUUCAUUACGGACCUUGCCAUGAUACUAUGGCUUUACCCUUCACUUGGUGGAGUGGAGUAUAUUAUCCACCACAUACUGUCACUUACUGCUGUAACGUAUGCUAUGCUUUCUGGGGAAGGACAGUUAUACACAUACAUGAGUCUCAUAUCUGAGACUACUACACCUGGAAUCAACCUAAGAUGGUUCCUUGAUGUUGCUGGAAUGAAAAGAUCCAAAAGAUAUGUUGUUAAUGGAGUUGCAAUGUUUGUUACUUGGCUGAUUGCGAGGAUAAUUCUGUUCAUGUACUUGUUUUAUCAGAUCUUUUUACAUUAUGAUCAGGUUAAGCAGAUGGACACCUUUGGUUAUCUUCUGGUUUCUGUCGCACCUGCCGUACUGUUCGUGAUGAAUAUGAUAUGGUUUUCCAAGAUCUUAAGGGGUCUCAGGAAGACACUGGCCAAGAGGCAUUGAGGGGGUUUAAGGGGUAUUCAUGUACAGCCACGACCAUCCACCUAUCUGUAAAUUCCCUCAGCAGCCUAUAGCUUCUCAUUAGUCACGAUGGCUAAUCCUGGUAAUAUCAGCUUGGCCGUUAAAAUCCAGAUUUAUGAUUGGACGCCCAGCCUGUUAUGCAUGAUUGAUAUAUUAGUUUGUAUAUAUGUUUGGCUAUGGCUGUAUGUACUUUAACACCCAUUUUUUAAUAAAUGAUUAUUUCUUUA